CCCCCCCAGGCCCGAUCGUCGUCUCGGCCAGAUCUGGGCCGCGGAGCUCGCGGUGAUUUCCCAGCUAUGCGCCACUGAUUCCCCCGCGCGCGCCCCCCCCCCACAGCAUGUCGAGCUCCGACCCGAAAGCCCGCCCCAAGCCGGGCCCCUGGCCCCCCGUGCCGGAAUCCUCGCCAAUGCCGCCGCCGUCCUCGUGGGCCAAGCGCACCGGCUUCCGCCCCAAGUUCUCCGGCGAGGCCAAUGCCGGCGACUCCGGCCAGAUGCCCGUGCCCGUGGCCCCCCGGCCCAGGGAGCCCGACGGCCAGCCGGAUCUCGAAGCCGGCCGGGCCCGGGCCCAGCCUCCGCCGGUCGGCGCCGCAUCCCCCGCCUCGGCGAACGGGCAGGCCCAGGGGGACAAGCCGCCUCUGCCGCCCCCGCCCGCGGCGGCGGCGGCGGCGGCGGCCGUCGACAAGGAUCAGCCGGCGAAGAGGCGGAGGGAUUCUGAUGGGGGAGGGGCGCCGAAGAGCUCCAGCCCGGGGGUGAACAGGCGGGCCUCGGCCGGGCCCGCGGAGGCGCCGCGGCGGCCCAACAGGAGCGAGGAAGCUGUGGACAUGUUGCCUCAGACGGUGGAUGAUGAUGGGUUUGGGAGCAGGCAUUCGCAUAUGAAGUACGAGCUUAGAGAUAAUCCGGGCCUUGUUCCAAUUGGCUUCUAUGGAUUCCAGCAUUUUCUUUCAAUGUUGGGCUCGCUCGUUCUCGUCCCACUUGUCAUAGUUCCUGCAAUGGGUGGCGAUCAUGAGGACAUCGCAGCUGUAGUCUCUACUGUGCUCCUGGUGUCUGGAGUCACCACACUUUUGCAAACUUGUUUCGGGUCAAGGUUGCCCUUGAUACAGGGUCCAUCUUUUGUUUACCUUGCUCCUGCUCUAGUGAUAAUCAACUCUCCAGAAUUUCAAGGGCUGAAUGGAAAUAAUUUCAAACACAUUAUGAGAGAGCUACAGGGUGCCAUAAUUGUCGCUUCAGCUUUUCAAGCCAUACUUGGUUAUAGUGGACUUAUGUCCAUUCUUCUGAGGUUGAUAAAUCCAGUAGUGGUGUCCCCAACUAUUGCUGCUGUUGGACUGUCUUUUUAUAGCUAUGGUUUUCCUCUGGUUGGAAAGUGUCUUGAGAUCGGCAUUCUGCAGAUAUUACUGGUCAUAGUUUUUUCUCUUUAUCUUCGCAAGAUAUCAAUUUUUGGUCAUCGUAUAUUUUUAAUCUAUGCAGUUCCACUGGGUCUUGCUAUCUCAUGGGCUGCUGCUUUCCUGCUGACCGAAGCUGGUGCUUAUAGCUACAAAGGUUGUGAUGUAAAUGUACCAGCCUCAAACAUAAUAUCUGAGCACUGCAGGAAGCAUAUAUCCCGGAUGAAGUACUGCAGGGUCGAUACCUCCCAGGCAUUAAAAUCUUCUCCAUGGUUGAGGAUUCCUUAUCCAUUACAGUGGGGAACUCCGGUCUUUCGCGGGAAAAUGGCUAUAGUUAUGUGUGUCGUGUCGAUAAUAUCGUCAGUGGAUUCAGUUGGAUCAUACCAUGCAUCUUCACUCUUGGUGGCGUCGCGACCUCCAACCCCAGGCGUUCUUAGUCGAGGCAUUGGUCUUGAGGGUCUUUCAAGUGUCUUAGCUGGUCUCUGUGGCACAGGAACCGGAUCGUCCACACUAACUGAGAAUGUGCACACUAUUGCUGUGACUAAAAUGGGAAGCCGUAGAGCAGUUGAAGUAGGUGCGGGUGUUUUGAUAGUUUUAUCUGUUAUAGGUAAAGUCGGAGGUUUUAUUGCUUCAAUUCCUGUGGUCAUGGUUGCUGCUCUCCUUUGCUACAUGUGGGCAAUGCUUGCUGCUUUAGGCCUGUCAAAUCUGCGUUACAGUGAGGCAGGAAGCUCUAGGAAUAUCAUCAUUGUUGGGCUAUCUUUGUUUUUCGCCCUUUCAAUACCAGCCUACUUCCAGCAAUAUGGCAUCUCCCCCAAUAGUAAUUUGUCCGUUCCAAGUUAUUUCCAGCCAUAUAUCGUAGCUUCUCAUGGACCUUUUCGCAGCAAGUAUGGAGGGGUGAACUAUGUCUUGAAUACAUUACUUUCAAUGCACAUGGUAAUUGCAUUUUUUGUGGCUGUUAUCCUGGACAACACUGUUCCUGGUAGUAAGCAAGAACGGGGUGUUUAUGUGUGGUCUGAACGGGAAGCUGCGAGGAGGGAACCUGCAGUUGUUAAGGACUAUGAGCUUCCCUUCAGAGUCAGCAAGUUCUUUAGAUGGGUUAAAUGGGUUGGUCUCUGAGCAUCGGCGUUGCUGGGUGGCUAAAUCAUUGCAUUAAAGCAGCUGUCGUUACGAGAUGAUUGUAAUAGCACUUGGGUUCUGAAUCUGAGCUGUUUAACACCAUACUGAAGCGGAGCAAUACCCCACGGUCUGUUCUUUUCUAGCAAAGUAGGACGACAUGAGCCAAUAGAUUUUGGAUAUGAGUCGCAAUGUACAUUUGAGGUCUCUUGAGAUCUGGUUGUGUUUGUAAUUUUUUGAAUGGUUAGCGGUAGCUUACUGAAAUGUCUAGAUACAGCUUCUGGCAAGCUAGGAGCUCUGUUGUGUAAAUUCUGUUUGGAUCAUCUUUUUCUCGAACAAAUUUUGUUUGGAAUACUGAAUGGAAAUGAGUUCUACUCGGAAAUAUUGAUCA